AUGGCCACCGCUCCUUCUUCUUCUCGCCUCUUCAACACCAAUGCCCUCCGUGACUACGAAGAGGAUCGUGAAGGCGGAAUUGAAGAUCGUCGCUCCCAUCGCUCUGUUUCACGUAGUCGUGAUGAUUUUCUCUCUGAUGUGUUUGAUCCAUUUUUACCAACAAGGAGUUUAUCCCAAAUCCUUAACGCGACGGACAUGCUUUUACAGAACCCACUCCUCUCUGCCUCCCGUGCCGCUGGACUCCAUCGUGGGUGGGAUGCGCGCGAGACUGAUGAGGCUCUCAAUCUUCGCAUCGAUAUGCCUGGUCUCGCCAAGGAAGAUGUGAAGGUCUCUGUGGAACAGAACACUCUGAUCAUUAAAGGGGAAGGUGCAGAAGAAUCGAAGGAUGAAGAGAGUGGAAGGAGGUACAGCAGCAGGAUCGAAUUGCCUGAGAAAAUGUACAAGACUGAUGAAAUUAAAGCGGAGAUGAAGAAUGGGGUUUUGAAGGUGGUGGUGCCUAAGGUGAAAGAAGACGAGAGGGCUGACGUUUUCAAUGUUAAGGUUGAGUAG